CAAAAAAAACCAAAAGAUUCCUGAACAUGAGUUUCAUCUGAAAGGCUCAUUUAUCUUUAGGGACAGCAGCAAUAAAACCCAUAAAUUUAUGAGCCACAGCGAUGUUCAGAAUUAUAAAAAACAUAAGACUUUAAUGUUACAGGGAAACAUCCAUUUCCCUCCACACAUGCUUACUUAUUUAUACUCAUUAUAAUUAAUGAUCAGUCUCAUCCUCCUCUUACUAACACUAUGUCUUUUAAUAUUUCUGGAAUGGUUCAAAUAUAGUUUAUUAUAAUGGCAAUCUGUUGCCAAACAAGAUGGUCACAUUUCACCUUAAACCUGCACCUCUUUAAUAAUCAGUAGGUGGCGGUUGCAAAAAGAAGUCGAGAUGUAUAGAAGAAAAAUGCCUUUAGCUUCCUAGCUAAACACAUUCCUGGUGGCUUUAUGGUGUCAGUCACUAAUUUUGAGUCCUAUUAAAUAUAACAUGUGCCAUUAAAAGAGUGAGAGGACUCAAGUAGUAGACCGGUUAAGUCCCUUAUUAACAAGCAGAUGAAUGAGCAACAGGGAUUAGACCUCCUGAGUGAGGAGGGGGAGCGAUUCCAGAGUACUGUAUAAAAUCUGCAGGUUGUUUACAAGGAAGAGGAGAUAGCGAUGGAGCUGCAUUUCAGGGCUACCAUUUGAAUCAAAAAGGAGAAUAAAUCAUCAACUAUCAUUCACAUAUAUCAUUCACACACAUGUUGCUCAUUUUAAGAUGGCAUAUCUGAUUAAAUUUGAAAUUGAAUGGUCACUAAAAGACACUGCAUGCAUGAAAUCUUUUGUCAAAUCUAAAAGAACAGACUGAAAAAGCAUGCUGACUUUGACCUCGAAGUUCUACUUCUACCAUCAUUUUUGGUGUUGACGAAUUCUCCCACAGAUUUUAAUUCAUUCACCGUGUCACUUUCUUGUAAAUGCUCUUUUGCUAUUCCAAAAUGGAAACUGGCUUUUAAUGGCUAAUUGAAGUUUAUAAAUUAUAUUACCAAUAAAUUGCCUUUGUCUUAAGGGACUUAUUAAAUUUAAAUUAUUUAAUACUUGAGUCUUAAGAUGAGGACUUUGAGAUAUUUAUUUUGCUUGUAAAUAAUAUUCAAGCUUGUUACUGUUUAACAAAAUAUUUUUGGAUUUAGUUUCCCUUAAGUCCAGCAAAACUGGUACACUGUCUAUAUCUCAGAAUAAUUUUGAUAUUCUUGUCUUUUUCUGUUGCUGUGAGCUAAAUGUCAGAACUCUGAAACAGCUGGCAGCCAAAAUAGUGUUUGGGGAGCAUGGCAUCUGGGAUGAAACACUCAAUGCAUCACAGAGUUGUUGGCUUUUGAGUGUUGCAGAAAUCACACUGAUAUGGAAUUCCAUAAAGGCUAUGUGCUUAUGCAAUCCUUAAAAUUUGUUAAAUAAUCCAGUUAUGAAGCUUCGUGAAUUAUUUCUUUCUUUUCACUUCCACUGAGUAGUGAAAGCCAUAGAGGGUUCUUAAAACGAUGUGCCUGAAAUAAGGCGUUCUCGCUGGGUAUAGUGUGCCUUGACCUUCUGGUCAGUUGAUAGCUGGUGGGGCAAGUUAGCUGUUAGACCAGCAGGAAGGGACUUAUCUGAAAACACUGGAGCACUUUUAGGCCAUGUCUUGAUAAAUUGAACAGAUAUUUGAAGUUUACACAUCUACAUUCUUGCCUAAAAUCACCUUAAAAGUUUAAUUUGUUCAACAGAAACAGUAGUAUUUCAAAUGUUACUUGUAGUUUUCACUACUCUGCCAUUUUCACCUUUCGGGUGUUGGACGAAAUGCAUUCUGGGAUACUUGGGUGAGUCCACUUCCUAUUUCACACUAUGACAGCUUCAUUCUAUCCAGACAAUGGUGGUAAAAAGCAUGUUAUAUGCAUAAAGCAUAAUAAAUAACUUGUUAGCAAUCUGUUGCCUAAUUCCCUGUAAAUUUCUAAAGAGUAACCCUCAGUUAGAUUGUUCCCACCAGAAGGAAUGCCCACUAGUCAAGGUGUUUUAGCUCUAGUUUUGCUCUCCAUUGUUUCUGUAAUUUUGUUCUAUUUUCUUCACUAGUUAGCUGCUAACCUUUUGUACAUGAUAUUUGAUACAUCUGGGCAGUUCGUAAUUAAUACAUAAUGUAUUACUGAUUGAUAGAUUUCACUGUGAAUCCUGUUCUAGAACCAUCUUCUUAUCCAUAUCUAGCCUUACCCACUGUAUUUUUCUUUAAAACGUGUUUUUGUUGGUGUCAUGAGUAGGCUUUUUUCUUUUCAUAUUACCCACUCGUUGUGCCUCACAGCCUUUCUACGAGUCAUGCUGAUGUUCUGGUGCUGGUCCCUGAUACCCACACAAGAGGCACACUUACCAGCACUCCAGACAGCCUCAUCAGGAGAAAAACACAAAGGGAAACACCACUCAUUUAUGCUCUCACUGGCUCUUUGCUCAGCCAUUCCCAGCAUUUCAGUCUUGCUCCUUGCUGCUCUCUAAGUUAUUAACCUCAUCAGAGUCUAUAUCAAGAAAACCAAACACAGCUAACCAAACUCAUUGCUACAGUUUAGAGAAACCUUUCAGAUGGAAGAUGGAUAUUUAAUCUCCCUUUUUUUCUGCAACAGUUUUACCUAGUAAUUGUAAAAAGAAUACGGCUGGAUAGAAACAAUAAUCUAACUUGUACCGACAGAUUAAAUUGAAAAACUAUUAAAUUGGAUUAUUAUUUGGUUUAUUAUUUCUUUAUUGUUUCAAAGGGUCUUACCAAUAAAUCUCAUACCAUUGGAAAGCCUGUUUAUUUGGUUGACCUGUGACAAGUGCUGAUUGAAGAAUGGGAUACCAUCCCACUGCAGUAGUGUGUCCAGAUUGUGACCAGCAUGAAGAGGUGGUGCCAGGCUGAUUCUGCAUAUUGUUCUUCCACAUGCUACUGAGACCCCUGUUUGUUUAAUACAUUGUUAAAUUGCCAUCAUGUCUUGUUUCUUCUGAGAAGGUUUGACAUGUAAAGUCUGAAGAAAUAAUUGACCAAGUUUAGUUACUUUUUCCAAGAUUACUUGUGUAGGAAUGUUUAGCUUAUUUUAGAGUUUAGGAAUGUUUUAGAUAGGAUAGAACUAUUGUAGAGACACUGACACUGCCCUGGAUGUAAUAAAGGCCUGACUGUGUCAUAAACUUAGGAGUAGAUUUUAGGAGACCCUCCCCCAGUUGAACUGUGAAUGUAAGACAAAGAAGAGUUAAUGCUGAGUGGAAAUUCCCCAGAGAAUACCUGUGUGGGGGUCUCAACAUUUGUAACUUGAUAACUGUGGUCUGGAACGGAGAUGGGGUUUUAUGACCUCCGGGGAGUCACCAUAUAGAGACACACACACCUACAGUGCUUUAAUUCUUACGCACCCACAACCACAUGCACACUCACUCACGUGCACACACAUACACACAGGUAUGCGGACAUAGUCACUCACGAGCACUCACAUAGACACGCGGGAACGCGCACAUGUAGGCAUUCACGUGCUCGCACACACACAAACAUGUAAACAUAGUGCUUAGUUUUAUGGCACCUCGUAGAGGGAUUAGAAGGGGGGUCACUUAUACAAAACUGCAUGUAACAGACAAAGGAGUUGAGAUCUGCAGAGAAAGUCCGGGGUUCUGUACAUCUCCCUUCUAGAAGGUAUAAUCAAUAAGUGUGUAUUAAUAAAGGUAUUGUUAAUUGACUACUGAGUCCCGGUGUUCUUUCUGGAGGCCUGACAAAUAUACGAACCGGGGUGAAACUGCUUUUUGCAACAGUUUUGGUGCCGAAACCCUGGGAUUUGCUCGAGGCCCAGAGAGGACGCAUUGGCAGAGCUGAGAUCGUGAAAACGAGGCGAACAGAGAGCCGGCUCAAUCAUUUAUAAGGUAAGCACCACCUGUUUAUUUUCAAAGUGUGCAUAUUGAAUAAAGUCUAAAUUAUCUGUUCGCCAAGUUGAGCGUAUCUCAGUGUAAUUUCACUCAGUAUGUUAAAGAAACGGUGUUUGAUCAGUCUUAGUUAGUAAUUAAUAGAAUCGGUGUUUCAUCCGUGGCGGUGUGUGAUCCGUCUUAGUUAUUAGGAAAAAGUGGCGGUGUGUGAUCCGUCCUCCGUGCGUUAAAGCAGGAAACGUGUGUUACUAUUAGUUAGAAAGUGGGGCUGAAAGGCCUCGUCGCAGCUCAGGGCUGUGUGUGUUCCGGGCUUGGUAGCUCCACCUAUUCUCGGACGCGGGGAUAGGAUCUGUGGGACAGGAGAUUCCAGGGUGGUUACCUAGGGAACCGGGGACGCCUUAAAUAACUAAAGCUAGGUGUUGGAUCCUAGUCGCGGUUGAUAACCUGCAUGAGAGUGGGGGCAAGUUGCUUCGUUAGUGAAAGCACGACGGCUUGGCUCACCCCACUGACUGCAGCGUUAGUAGAUUGCGUUGUGUGUGUGAAAAGCGCCGUCUCGUCUGAAGUACGGGAGUCAAUUAAAGUAACAAAAAGAAUUUGUGUCUAAAAGUGUGUGUUUGUGGUGUGUAGAAAUUGCGGCAGGAGGCCAUGUCGCGAAUUGUUGCAAACUGUGAAGUCAAUUGGGGGGUUGAAUUUGGUUUUAUUUUUUCUGGGGAAGAGAAACUGCGGUAUCCAGUCCGUGGCGCAGUUUGAAUAAUUCGUGAGGCAAAUGUGGCGCGAUCUGAUGAUUGUGAGCCUAAUUGUCCUAGUUUUGUGAGGUGUGAGCGGACGGUACCCGCUCUUGGUGCUGACUGGGGCGUUGUCCUGGAUCAGCAGAGGAGGAAGUGUCCUGCAGUGAGUUGUGAAGGGGACUGCGAGAAGUAGGAGGUGUGCGAUAGCCAGCCUCAGGGGGCGGACUCAUUUGUGGGACGGAGGAGGAGUACCAAGGAGAAGCUCAGAGGGCUCCGAGGAAAACUACAGCGACAUCUGGUGGUAAGUAAAGGGAAUUUCAGGUGAGUUAAAAUAAUGACUGAACAACAGGAGAUUAUUAGAGAAGGAGUGAGGAGUCCAACGGAGGGAGAAAUGCAAUGGAAAACUGUUGAGAAGCAAAAAGAGAAAUUAGGGGAAGCAUUGAAGAUCACCAUGACAGGACAUCUAACAGGUAAGAAUGGUAAAAUACUGGAAGUGGGGAAGGAAAUAAUGAGUGUAUGUGAUCAAGCUGGAAUAAAAGGUGACAUGCGAUACUCUCUUGCAAAAGUUUUGUUGGAAGCGGCCAAGGCAUCUGAGGAGAAGGAGGAGAAACUCAGGAGAGAGUUGGAUGGAGCGAAUAUCUUGGAGAAGAGGGGAGUUAAGGACCGAAUAAAGGAGGAGGAGGAGAAACGAGCCAGGCUGGCUGCAUGGGGAAUCAGCUGCCAAGGAUUGGAGCACUGGAUGAGGGAAUCUGUGGAAGAGGAAGGUAAGUUGAGACUUGAUUGUCUUCCACAUCCCCAGCCCACGGCUCCUCUUUUUUCAGUAUGUCCUCCUCCAUAUUUCGGUAAUUAUCCUAUGUUGAGCAUUAAGGAUGGCAGCAUGGAGAAUGAAGAUGGUGUGGUGCUGCGACUAACUGGAGGGCAGGUUGAGUGUGAGUAUGAGGAGCAGCACCGCCCAAGGCCGCAGCAACAAAUGAUAACAAUAGGACCUGAAAAGACAGCGCCACCUGCUGCUCAGGUCCAGACCCACCUGGAUCAUAAAGAGGAGGAGGACGAGGAAGGGGAAGAAGAACGGUCCAGUGCAGCAGGAGCAACAGCUAGGUCUCCUCCGGAAUUAUUAGCCGGAGAGGCAGAGAGAUUGGUGGAGAUGCUCCCACCCAUCAUUGAUGGAGGGGCGGGUUGGCUGAGACAACUUGAUAAAGUGACAUCAGGCACACAGCUCGCCCUGGGGGAUUUUCGAGCCAUAGCUGGCCGGUGUAUGACAGUUACUGCGCUGGAGGAAAUCCAGGUACUGGCAGCUGUCAUCACUAGACCAGACUCUACACCCUUUUUCAGAGUGCAGGAGCAGAUUGGGAAUGCUGUGCGGCAACAAUAUCCAACCCCAAAUGCGGCUGCCAUUACAAAGUUGGAAUGGAAGCCUGAUCAAAACCCCAGAGAUUAUGUAGAGCAGGUGAAAGAGAAGUGGAUACAGAACACAGGUUACAAUCCUUCUGCACGUGGUCUUCACCAGGUGUGGUUUAGAAAGGCAGUAUUAGAAGGGAUACCAGAAAAGGUAAGAGAAAAGAUUUUGGAUGUCCCUGAUUUAGAAGGGGCAGACACACAUCGCUGGGAGAGACAUUUGGUGCAUUAUUUGGAUAAAUACAAGCAAGGUGAAGAUAAGAAAAAAGGGGAGUUGGAGGAGAUUCAGGAACAAUUGCUUAAGCUGAACUUGGGAGAAGCGAAACAGAAGGUAAGUGAAAAGAAAAAAGAGAACAAAUUAACUGAUUUAUCAAAGGUGAUGGUAGCUCAAGACUGCCCUCCUGUGCCUAAAAGGCCUGAAUUUAACCCAAAUAUUUAUCCAAUGAAUUCCUGGACACAUUAUGAUGGUUUGCAGAGUGCACCCAUGGCCAGCUGGGGAGGUAAUGUGUGGGCCGGUAGAGGCAGGGCAAGAGGCCGUGGUGGCUCGGUGGGGGCGAGGGGCACCUGGGGCUAUGGAAGGGGUGCGCCUGGAGCGGGUCGUGGGCCUAGAGGUGUCUGUUGGGUGUGUUAUCAGCCUGGGCACUGGGCGAAAGACUGUCCACAGCAGCCACAAAUUCAACAGCAAAUGGUCACGCCUCAAGCAGGAAGGGGUGGUCCAUACUACCAGGCUCCAAACCCACACAUGAUCCCUGGACCGAGACCUCAAAUGCCGACCUGGGAGGCCGGCUGGAACAGCCAGGACUGGCAGCAGAGACACACCCCACAGGGAGGCCGAGGAGAGGGGGGAAAGGCGGACCCCUUACUCUCACUGACGGUGAAUGGACUGACUCUGCCGUUCCUUGUUGAUAUGGGAGCUACUUAUUCAACCAUCCAAGAAGUUCCUGAUAACACUAAAUUAUCUGGGGACGAGGUCAGCGUGGUCGGCUUCUCUGGGGUUUCAAUGACAUUGCCAGUGACUGUUCCUUUAAAGACUGAAAUUGGAAAGCAAGCGGUGGCUCAUCCAUAUGUUAUUUCAGCGCAGGUGCCUGUGAACUUGAUGGGGCGAGACCUGCUCAUCAAACUGGGAGCUGUGAUCAUGUGUGGGCCUGAUGGUUUAACAGUGACUCUGAAGGAUGGCACACAGCUUCCUUGUGUGGCCACAGGUACGAGAGGACAGUGGCUGCUCUCUGAGGACAUUGAUCGUACAGCAGAAAUCUACUGGGCCCGGCUGACGACCUCUAACGGCAUCCUGGCACACUUCCAACUCUGGCUGCCCUGGAUCAUGGCCCUGGACGUGUAUGCUCCACCCAUUGACCCAUACCACGUGACACUCUUUUAUGAUCGCGAAAAUACUGAGUGGUAUGAAGAUCUGUUCCAUGAAUUCCUGGAGGGGAAGGCAUGGCAGGUCUCUACCAGAGAUAUUUAUGUUGGACCGCAGGGGGUAGCAGCCCUGGUCCAUUUGUCGGAGGAACAAAAGAGCUGGUUCCGAAUGGGUGAUGAAUCUGUGCCUCAUGUGUCUCUAGCGGUUCAUUCUGGACAUCAAGCGAAGGACUUAGGUCCCAUGAUGCGUGUAGCUUCACGAGCAAUUGAUUGGCAACUCACACAGAUUCCUGAUGUUUCCUUCUCCCCAAGUACUAAAACAUAUAGAAUUUCAACACCCCACACAGAUGACACUAUAUUGGAACAUCGUCACAUUCGUAGGACACAUGGCAGGGAACUGACAGAUCAUCCAGAGGUCGUUAAAGGCCUCUCACAGUUGCCUCACACUGUGGUCACAGGUGCCUACGGAUGUUGGCUUAACCACCUGUUCGCCUGUGACCUUUGAACUUGAAUCUGACAUUCCAAUAUGGCGUCCGCAGUACCAACAUUCACCACAGGCAGAGGACGGCAUUGCAGAGACUAUUGAAGGGCUGUUAAAGGUGGGGGUGUUGGAGCCUUCCACGUCUCAAUGGAACACGCCUAUUUUGCCAGUGGAAAAGCAUGGCACAGGGGUCAACAGUUAAGGUAUACUCGGUUGCCACAGGGAUUUGCUCUGUCACCGGGGAUUUUUAACCAGGUGUUGAAGCAGACGUUGGAACCAUGUGUGAUGCCGGCUGGCUGCACUCUGGUUCAAUAUGUUGAUGACCUCCUGAUUGCCGCUCCCAUGGCAGACGCUUGCUUUCAGGCCACCAUGACCGUGCUCAGGAGACUGGCAGAGGCGGGCUUUAAAGUGAGUAAAGACAAAUUGCAGUUGGUGAGACCACAGGUGACUUUUUUAGGGAGAGAGGUGAAACAGCAUAUGGUGGGGAUGAUGGCUGCUCAUAGAAGUGCCAUUCUCUCCCACCCGCGGCUGGAGACUGUGAAAGAGAUGCUUUCCUUUUUAGGUCUCACAGGCUACAGCUGGCAGUACAUUCCAGACUAUGUGGGCCACACUAAGCCUUUGCGUGACUUGGUGAAGCAGCAUGGAAUGAGAGACCUGACUGCUAAGUUGAACUGGACUACUGAAGCUGAACAAUGCUUUAUUUCUCUGAAACAGGACCUUUCUCGAGCAGUAGAUUUAGCUGUGCCAGAUUACAACAGGGACUUCUUUUUGGAUGUUUCUGAAACAAAAGGGGUGGUGAAUGGCGUUUUGUUUCAGAAAAAGGGGGAGGUAGACAGGUUUUGAUGUACAUCAGUGUAUGCUUAGACAACAUGGAGAAAAGGCACCCUACAUGCACUCAGCAUGUAGCUGGAGUGGCAAAGGCCAUCCAGAAAGUAGCACGUAUAGUUAGAGGACACCCACUGAGAGUUUUAACAACACAGUGUGGUGGCUUAUGUUAACUCACAGGCCUUCACCAUGACCCCACUUAGACAACAGAGGCUCAGCAAAGUGCUGGAGGCCCCAAAUUUGACUUUUACACAUGAAGGGAUAAACAUGGCAGACCAAAUGGGGUCAGGGGAACCGCACGACUGCGCUCAGGCGGUCUGGAAAGAAGACAAGACAAGACCAGAUCUCAAAGCGGAAGCCAUGGAAGGAGCAGAGGAUCUCUUCACAGAUGGCUGCUGCUUUAGGGACGAGAAGGAGGGGCUCAAGGCAGGCUAUGCAGUGGUAAGUAAGAGAGGGGAGCAGCUGGAGGUGAUCAAAGCAGCAAAGUUGGAAGGGCAGCAGUCAGCGCAGAGAGCAGAGGUGAUUGCACUGAUUGAAGCCCUUAAAUAUGCUCAAGGAAAGAAGAUAAACAUUUACACUGAUUCAGCCUAUGCCUUUGGAGCUGCACAUGUGGAGCUGGGUCAGUGGAAGAGAGCUGGAUUCCUCACUACCAAUCAACAACCAAUCAAACAUGAGAAGGAGAUGAAGGCGCUGGAAGAGGCGCUGGAAGGACCCCUGGAGGUGGCAAUAAUAAAGUGCAAGGGCCACGACGAUUCGGCCACCUGGGUUGCUCGAGGUAAUCGAGCAGCAGAUGAAGCAGCCAAAAAAGUGGUUGGUUACACAGGGAUCAGACAAAUGGUAAGUAUGGGAAUGGAUUGGGAAGAAAAUCCAGGGCUGGAACGCGAAGACAUCAUAAAAGAACAGGAGAAGGCCUCUCCAGAAGAAAAGUCACUCUGGAAGGAGAGAGGAGCCAUAAAGGUAAGCAACAUUUGGAGGGGGCCAGAUGGAAGACCAGUGUUGACGGCAGAUAUGGCAGAGAAAAAGAUCAGAGAAGCUCAUGGUCUUGGGCAUGUGGGUGUGGUCCAGAUGGAGAGGAAUCUCUGUCAUUGGUGGCACCCAUUCCUGAAGGACAUGUUGGGGGAGCAUGUGCGAACCUGCCUUAUCUGUGGCCAACACAAUCCUAAACCUACAGUGAAACCAGAGAUGGGUAAGUUUCCCCUGCUCCAGAGGCUGGGGCAGGAAAUAGUGAUUGAUUAUACAAACAUGGUGACACCAGCGAGGGGCUUUAGAUAGACCUGCUGGUAUGUGUGGAUAGUUUGACAGGGUGGCCAGAGGCGUGGCCAGCCCGGAGAGAAGACAGCACAACAGUCAUUAAGUGUUUGAUAAAUCAUUAUAUUCUCUGGCAUGGAUUCCCAGAGAGAAUUAGAUCAGAUAAUGGGACACAUUUUAAGAAUAAACAUUUGCAGGAAGUGGAAUCCAUGCUAGGGUUGCAACACAGGUUUGGGACCGUUUAUCAUCCACAGUCUCAAGGUAAGGUUGAGCGAAUGAAUCAAAACUUAAAAAAUAAAUUGGCUAAGAUCUGUGCACAGACCAAAAUGGAUUGGGUUGAGGCAUUACCAAUAGCCCUCAUGAGCAUUAGAUGCUCAGUAAAUCAGUCUACCGGGUUCACUCCUUAUGAGCUGUUCACCGGGAGACAAUUUCCUGGACCCACUGCAGGGAUACCAGCCUUAAGACAAGAAAUGCCUACAUUUGAACAUUUAAAGCAGUUUAAAGCACUAAAAGCUCUUGUCUUAAGUUUUACAUCACAGGUGACGGCGGGCCAAGGACAGGAGCAGACGGUGCCAGAGGCGAAGUGGGUGUGGCUGAAGGUUUACAAACGGAAGUGGAACGAGCCCAGGUGGACAGGUCCGUUUGAGGUGGGGACCAGGACCUCACACGCAGUUCAGCUGAAGGGGAAAGGUGAAACCUGGUACCACUGGAGCCAGUGUGCUGUAGCUGAAGAGCCUAAGCGGUCGGAGAGGCUCUUUGCAAAAGAAAAGAGGGGGAACUCGGCUGAGACCCCUCACAUGGAUCCCAGCCCAGGGACAGAAUAAAUCCCUGAUCCAUGCAAUGACUGAAGGGUAGUCUACCCCGGAAGUCGAAGAAAGAAGAGCAACAGAGGAUCGCACAAC